GCGGCGGCAGCUCGCCCUUCUGGUCGACGCCGCACAAGGAGCGCGACAAGGACAAGGAGAAGGAGCACCACAACGCGGCCAGCGCGGGCAGCUCGCCCAGCACCCCCAGCAAGCUCAUGAAGGGCCGGCACCAGUUCAAGCGGCGGUUCUCGCUGCAGCCCUCAUUCCUCAAGGACGACCACCAUGGCCUGGACGACAGGCACGGACACAGGGGCGGCGCGCACGCGGCCGCGACGGACGCCGACGGCGAGGGCGAGGUGCCCGGCGUGGCGGGCGCCAAGGUGCGGCACAAGGUGGUGGUGCUGGGUGCCGCCAAGACGGGCAAGUCGGCGCUCAUCACCCAGUUCCUGUACAACACGUUCUCGCCCAAGUACAAGCGCACCGUCGAGGAGAUGCACCACGGCGAGUUCAGCGUCAACGGGGUGAACCUGACCCUGGACAUCCUGGACACAGCCGGCUCGUACGAGUUCCCCGCCAUGCGCGCGCUGUCCAUCAAGUCGGCCGACGCCUUCGUGCUGGUGUACGACGUGACGGACGCCGACACCUUCGAGGAGGUCCGCACCACCCGGGACCAGAUCCUGGAGGCCAAGGGCGCGGACUCGCCCAUCGUGGUGGUGGGCAACAAGAUCGACCUCCUGGAGAGCAAGGAGCGGGAGGUGGAGCUGGACACGACGGAGACGGUGGUCACGGUGGACUGGGAGAACGGCUUCGUGGAGGCGUCGGCCAAGGACGGCACCAACGUGCCGCAGGUGUUCAAGGAGCUGUUGUCGCAGGCCAAAGUCAAGUACAACUUGAGCCCCGCCCUGCGCCGGCGCCGGCAGUCGCUGCCGCCGCACCCCGGGCCCGGCGGGCCGUCGACGCCGUCCUCGGCCGCCAUCCCCUCCCCCGCGCAGCUCCAGCACCUCCAGCAGCUGCAGGAGCGGCACGCGGGCGGCAAGAGGAACAGCUGCGUCAUCUCGUAGGGCUGCCUGGCCUUGGCCCUGGCCUCCAGGGUGGGAACCACAUUCGACCCAGUGUCCGAUGAGUCCGAACCCGCCGCCGCCCACACUGUAACUUACGGUGUGUACUCCGCACACAACGGCACGCGCGGCUGCGCAGCGCCGGCUACGCGGGUUCCAUAUAUGUAUUAUUUUGUUUUUGUCUUUUCUUCUCCAACUACUGUCAUUUUUUUGUGUAAAGGUUUCCGAAACCGUUCGUUUAGGUAUGUCUGUUGCGAAAGAAUGAACUCUGUGACUCUAUCUGUGUGGGGUGUAUGCUUUCAAUAUUUUCUUGCAAGAUCCAGCCUUAGGCAUCAGGUUUCGUAAAAAAAAAAUGAAAAAAUUGUUGUGCGUCAAUUUUAUUGUUUGGAGUUUUGUUUCUCACGAAUAAAUUGGCUGUGAAUGUGAGGCAGUCGUGGCAAAGUUAAAAAAAAA